AUGCGCCCACUGCCUCGUUUACGACCAUUGCUAGUCCACAGAGCUCUGCCAUGGCAUCUCCCUCGGUUGCGAUUGUUAUCAACAACAGCACAUCGCGAUUGCUCGUGUUCUGACCCAAAACAACCCGAUGCUCCGAUACCUCUCACCGACCAUCGAGCUCUGGGAACCGCCCAAGAGCUCUUCACCUCCUCCGUCUACAGCCCCGGAUCCCCUCUCUUCCUACCGAAUGGUACUCACGUCGUCAACAAACUCAUCUCCUUUCUCCGUACUCAAUACCUGCAAUACGGCUUCCGUGAAGUCCUGACACCAACCAUCUACAAACGAUCGCUCUGGGAGAUAUCAGGUCACUGGCAGAAUUACAAAGAUGACAUGUACGAGGUUACUGGCCGCGGAGCCAGCGGCGAGGCAGAGGGCGAAGUCGGCGAGGACGAGUCAUACGGAUUGAAGCCGAUGAACUGUCCCGGUCACUGCCUGCUCUUCAAAUCGCAGAACCACUCUUAUCGCGAUAUGCCGGUGCGCUAUGCGGAUUUCAGUCCGCUACACCGUAACGAAGUGUCAGGGUCUUUGACUGGUCUCACACGAGUGCGCCGCUUCCACCAAGACGACGGUCACAUCUUCUGUCGGCCGCACCAAAUCAAGUCGGAGAUUGCGUCGGCGCUGGGAUUCGUGGAUAUGGCCAUGAAGACUUUCGGGCUCGGUCCGUACCGGUUGGUGCUGUCUACUAGGCCAGAGACGGAUUUUAUUGGGACCUUGGAGAUGUGGGAUAAUGCCGAAAAACAGUUGCGGGAGGCACUGGAUAGCACUGGGCGCGAAUGGGCGCUGAAUGAGGGAGAUGGUGCUUUCUACGGUCCUAAGAUCGAUAUUCAACUCCAGGAUCAAGCUGGGAAGUUCCACCAACUCUCUACUAUUCAAUUGGAUAUGAACUUGCCCCAGCGGUUUGAGCUUGAGUAUCAAGUCGCAGAGGGUGAACCGGACUACAACCCGGCUACGCCAGGAGUCGCAACUCCGGUGAUGAUUCACCGCGCCAUCUUUGGCUCAUUGGAGCGGUUCUUGGCACUAUUGAUCGAAGAGCAUGGUGGACAUUGGCCAUUCUGGCUCUCUCCGCGCCAGGCUAUCAUCUUGACAGUCAACCAAGAUGAAGCCGUGGUGCAGCAGGCCAAGGAAGCGGCAGCCAGGUUCUCUGGAUUCCGCGCAUUGUUGAACGACGGCAGUGCCGAGUCGCCGCGUCCGUUGUCGUCUGUUGAUUCUACAUUCCUGGUUGAUGUUGAUACCAGCGCGCAGACGCUAGGAAAGAAGAUCCAACGCGCCAAGCAGAUGAAGUAUAACCUCAUCUUCAUCCUUGGAUCACGCGAUCUUGCCGAUGGUGGUAUAUCUGUUGAUGUCACUGGACAGAUGCAAAGCAAGACCGACAAGGAUGCCCAGCAGCUACAAGCCCUGAUCAAAAGCAAACUGGGUGACAAUGCCCUGCAAAACCCUCGAGCCGUUAAGCUCAAGGUGGAUGAAGUUCAUCCGCUAUUGGUGGACCUCGAGAAGAACUUCGUAUAA